AUGGGCAUCUCAAGCAACCUCGUAAACCGCACCUCCUUCACCGCGGCCGACAUCGUCAAGGACAUCUGGACCAGCCUCCAUCUCCCUCCUCACGCCCUCUCAUCUCUCACUCUCCCUGGCCAUCAAGUCGGACCAGCCACGCCAUCGUCUUUCAAAAUUGGACACCUCGCACAAAGCUCAAUUGCUCUAUCCGCACUUACAGCAUCUCUCGUCCACAGCGGACGAUCUUCAUCCUCCUCACCAGCAACAUCUACAUCUCCCAUUCCCCGCGUCAGCGUCCCUCUCGACCACGCCCUGAUAGAAUUCAAAUCCGAGCGCCUCUACAGCAUCGACAACCAGCCCCUCGAAUCUGUCUGGGGCACAAUCGGCGGCCUUCACAAAACUGCAGAUGGCUACGUCCGCAUCCACGACAACUUCCCCAAUCACGCCCUAGGAACGCUCCAGCUCCUCGGCCUGCCGCCGACAGCCUCCCGUCAAGAUGUCGCUGCCAAGGUAGCUCAAUGGAAGAGCGUCGAUCUCGAAACCGAAGCCACGGAGAAAGGAAAGCUCGCCAUUUACGCUCUGCGAUCAUAUGCUGAAUGGGACGCUCUCCCACAGGCAUCAGCCAUCGACGACAAUCCCAUUCUCAUCAAACAGCUCACCCCAGGACCACCAAAGACCUUACCCGAGACUAGUUCCAGCCGCUGUCUCCAGGGCGUUCGCAUCCUCGAAAUGAGCCGUGUCAUCGCCGCCCCCGUAACAGGCAAAACUCUCGCCGCUCACGGCGCCGACGUCUUAUGGGUGACGAGUCCCAACCUGCCAAACCAGCCCGGACUAGACAGAGACCUAAGCCGCGGCAAACGCACCAUCCAGCUAGACAUCCACAAGCCCGACGAAAAAGAGCGUCUACUCGAGCUCCUGCGUUCCUGCGACGUCUUCAUCCAGGGGUAUCGCCCAGGCAGCCUCGCCGCAUACGGCCUCUCGCCCGAAGAGCUCCAAAAGGCAAACCCGGACAUCAUCUGCGCAAACCUCUCCACCUUUGGACCGUCCGGCCCGUGGUCUCAGCGCCGGGGGUACGAUUCUCUCGUGCAGACGUGUACCGGCAUGAACGUCUCCGAGGCAGAGCAUUUUGGGGCCGGCGAGCCUGCGCGCGUGAUGCCUUGCCAGGCGCUCGACCACGCUGCGGGUUAUCUCCUCGCCACGGGAAUUACCGCCGCGCUUCAUCGACGGGCUCAAGUUGGGGGAUCGUGGGUUGUGGAUGUUUCGCUGGCGGGAGUGAUGAAGUAUCUGCGUAGCUUGGGACAGUAUCCUGGAAAGACGGGGUUUGAGAGUCAAGAUGUGCAGGCUCAGGAGGAUGUGCAUCCCGACUUUCUCGAGACGAGGGAUACGGCGUUUGGAAGCAUGAGGGCGGUUAGCCAUAGUGCGAGUGUUGAGGGGUGUGAAGUUGGGUGGGAGGAGAUGCCGAAGCCGCUGGGGUCUGAUGAGGCGAGAUGGCUGUAG